GCCGGAAUAGAUCAAAUACUUAUUAUGAGUCGCAACGAGCAGACAUUCGAGGAUCUGAAAUCCUAUUUUCGAUCACACAGCAAAAUACGCGAGCAGCGGCCGCAUAUGUCAAAGGUGCACUCGGUUUGCUGGAAUGCAAAUGGCUGCCACUUGGCAUCGGGAUCCUUUGAUAAGACUGUGGCUGUGUACACCCUGGAGCGGGAUCGCUUUACGAAGAACAACGUGUUCCGCGGCCACACAGCCUCCGUGGAUCAGCUGUGCUGGCACAAAACCAAUCCGGACCAGUUCAGCACGGCGAGCGGCGACAAGACCGUGCGAAUCUGGGACAUUCGAGUGGGCAAAUGUGUCUCGGUCACCAACACAAAGGGCGAGAACAUAAACAUCGCCUGGUCGCCCGACGGCAAAACGAUUGCCGUGGGCAACAAGGAGGAUCUGAUCACGUUCAUUGACACGCGCACCAACAAGAUCCGCGUGGAGGAGCCCUUCAGCUUUGAGGUGAAUGAGAUCUCGUGGAACAACACGAACGACUUGUUCUUCCUGACCAACGGCAUGGGCUGCAUGCACGUGCUCAGCUACCCCAGUCUGGAGCACUACAUAACGCUGAAGGCGCAUCCCGCCAACUGCAUAUGCAUUGAGUUUGGGCCCACGGGCAAAUACUUUGCCACGGGCUCAGCGGACGCGCAGGUCUCCCUGUGGGAUGCCAACGAGCUGGCCUGCCUGCGCAUGAUCAGCCGACUGGAGUGGCCAGUACGCACCAUAUCCUUCAGCCACGACGAGCGGCUGAUAGCCUCGGCCAGCGAGGAUCUGCUCAUCGACAUUGCGUACACGGAGACGGGCGAGCGAGUCACGGACAUCCACGUGGAUGCCUCCACUUUCACUGUUGCGUGGCAUCCCAAGCAGUAUCUGCUCGCCUAUGCCUGCGACGAGAAGGAAACCAUUGGCGAUCGUCGGCGCGAUGUUGGCAACGUCAAGAUAUUCGGAUUUCCGGAAUAAUCACGGAAAUUCCAGUUCGAUUUGAAUGCACACGCUCAACAACCAAACGUGUUCUCAGUUCAAUGCAGGCCAACAGGAUUUAUCAUUUAGGAAUCAAU